AUGGAGGUAGAUGAAAGUAACCAUGAAGGAAUUAAACAAUAUUAUGUCAGUAAAAUAGAAGAACAACAACUUAUAGUCACAGAAAAAACACAGAAUUUACGCCGUUUAGAAGCUCAGCGAAAUGAAUUAAAUGCCAAAGUACGCAUGUUACGCGAAGAACUUCAGCUACUACAGGAACAAGGCUCCUAUGUUGGAGAGGUCGUAAAGCCCAUGGAUAAAAAGAAAGUGCUUGUUAAGGUUCAUCCAGAAGGAAAGUUUGUAGUUGAUAUAGAUAAGAAUAUAGAUAUAAAUUCUGUGACACCUAAUUGUCGAGUAGCUCUACGCAAUGAUAGUUAUGUUUUACACAAAAUAUUACCUAAUAAAGUGGACCCUCUAGUUAGUUUAAUGAUGGUGGAAAAGGUCCCUGAUUCUACAUAUGAAAUGGUGGGAGGUCUAGACAAACAAAUUAAAGAAAUUAAAGAAGUUAUUGAAUUGCCAGUCAAACAUCCAGAGUUAUUCGAAGCUCUAGGUAUUGCACAACCUAAGGGUGUGCUACUCUAUGGACCACCUGGUACUGGUAAAACUCUGCUAGCUCGUGCUGUAGCUCACCAUACAGAAUGUACCUUUAUCAGAGUUUCUGGUUCAGAAUUGGUACAGAAAUUUAUUGGUGAAGGUUCGAGAAUGGUUAGAGAACUCUUUGUAAUGGCCAGAGAACACGCCCCCUCUAUUAUAUUUAUGGAUGAAAUUGAUUCUAUUGGAUCAUCACGAUUAGAAAGUGGGUCUGGAGGUGAUAGUGAGGUACAAAGAACUAUGUUAGAAUUAUUAAAUCAAUUGGAUGGAUUUGAACCCAAACAGAAUAUCAAGGUUAUCAUGGCAACCAAUCGUAUUGAUAUUUUAGAUUCUGCUCUACUCCGUCCAGGACGUAUAGAUAGAAAAAUAGAAUUCCCUCCCCCUAAUGAGGAGGCUCGACAAGACAUCCUGAAAAUCCAUUCUAGAAAAAUGAAUUUAACACGAGGUAUAAAUCUACGUAAAAUUGCAGAAAUGAUGCCAGGUGCUUCUGGUGCCGAGGUGAAGGGAGUAUGUACAGAAGCUGGAAUGUACGCUUUACGAGAACGAAGAGUUCAUGUUACACAGGAAGAUUUCGAAUUAGCUGUUGCCAAGAUUAUGUUGAAAGACUCUGAGAAGAAUAUGUCCAUCAAGAAACAGUGGAAAUAA